AUGAUCUUUGGUGGUGCAGGCCGCCUUUCUCUCCUUGCGUUCGCAUCGUGCGUCUCGCUUGGUAAGGCAGCGACACUGUUUGCCGGUGGGACAGUAAUCGGCUGGGACACUUCGGCCAAUCAUCUCGAUAUUAUCAGGAACGGUUCUGUGUUGGUCGAGAACGACACCAUAACCGCUGUAUUCUCUGGAUCAUACAACGGAACUCUACCGGCUGACCUGGAGGUCGUCGAUACCACCAACGACAUCAUCUCCCCAGGCUUCAUAGAUACUCAUCGUCAUAGUUGGCAAACGGCCUUCAAGACCCUGGGAUCGAACACGACCUUGAUGCGAUACUUUGAACGCUAUGGAACCGACUCGCCCGCCAAUACAUUUUUCACGCCCGAGGAUGUGUACAUUGGCCAGCUCGUCGGGUUGUACGAGGCCCUGAAUGGCGGUGUCACUACCAUUCUGGACUACCCUCAUUGCACCUGGUCCGCAGCGCACGCUAUGGCGGCGCUGAACGCGACGUUCGAGAGCGGCAUCGACACACACUUCACGUUCUCGUCGGAUAUACUGACACAAGCGCGAUUGUGGCUCCAGAGUGUCAGGAAGAUCUUCUACCGCGAAGUUGUUGAUCGACGCCAUCUUCCCGCCGAGAAUCCCAUGUCUGUCAACCAGGCUUUCCUUCUCGCGACUCGCAGCGGAGCGCUCGCACUUCGACGAUCCGACAUUGGUAUCCUGGCACCUGGAGCCAAAGCAGACCUACUGGUAUGGAAUGGGCGCGCUCCAAGUGUACUUGGCUGGACCGAUCCGAUCGCUGCCAUUAUGUUGCACGCGAACGUAGGCGACAUCAGGCAUGUCAUGAUUAACGGAGAGUUCAAGAAGCGAGACUGGCAGCUAGCCGUAGCUGGAUACACAGCGCUGCAAGACCGCUUCUUGGAGAGUGCGAAGAAGAUUCAAGAUCACUGGAGGGAGAUGCCGCUGCCAGUUACCGAGGGUGAGGCAGACAACGGAGUGGCUUUUGAGAAGCCGAUGAUGGCAGAUAUAGAGAGAGGUGAUGGAACUGGGUACGGACCUUUGUUCGUGUAG